CUUAUACGCUACGGCCUGGUAUUUAUCCAUGAUGUCCCACCUAAUACCACUAUGACUGAAAUGGCUGUACGUCGCCUAUUCCCCAUUAUGAAGACACUUUAUGGAGAAAUGUUUACAUUUGCUGAUGUCUAUUUGCACGACGACAUUACCUAUUCGAAUGAUUAUAUUGGCCCACAUACGGAUAAUACGUAUUUUUGUGAUGCAGCUGGCUUGCAGGCCUUACACUGUGUCGUACACGAUGGUACGGGUGGGGAGAAUUUCUUCAUCGAUGGUUUCCAUGUUGCCGAAGUACUGAGACGACGUAACCCCAAAGCUUUUGAUAUCCUUUCGUCGGUUCAUGUGCCAGCAUAUUUCUUUGAUAAAAAUGAACGACAUCGUUAUUCGGCGCCAACCAUACGUGUUGAUCCGGUGACCAAAGAAAUUAUACAAUUUCGUUUAAAUUUAUAUGAUCGUUCGGUUUUCAAUACUAUACCGCAGAAUGAAAUGCAUGAUUUCUAUGCGAGUAUGCGGGAAUUUUUGGCGAUUAUUCAUGAUCCCGAAAAUUGGUGGCAAUUGAAAUUAAAUCCUGGUACUGUGGUCAUUUUUGAUAAUUGGCGUUUGUUCCAUGGUCGUUGUGCCUACACGGGAAAACGUGCAAUGACCGGUUGUUUUGUUCAACGCACGGAUUUCUUGAGUAAAGCUAGAUUGGAGGGAAUUAUUGAGUAA